GUUAAAUGUAAUGUCAUGUCUUGUAUUUACAUUUUUAUAUAUUGUUUAUUGGGUUUAAAUGUGCGUGGUUGGUAGAUCCAGGUGGUAUUUUAACAGUGUAGUAUAAUGGCUCAGUCAAGUGCAAUGAACUCUGUUGAAAAAUCUACCGACUUGGACGUGAAGGAGGACCGCGAGGAUAUAAAGAAGGAGGACAUGGUGGCCGUGAAGCCCGAGCCGCAUGAGUGCAUAGUGUGUGUGACGCACAACCUCGACACAUUCAACAUAUUUAAUACUAACACGAACGCAUCCGGCAUUUCUCUCCACAAUUUUCUAUCCAAAUUCUCCAAUUCUGCGUUCGCAGAGUCUCAGACCUGCCCCAAAUUCAUAUGCAAGAGUUGUAUCGAUCUUAUAAACGUAUUAGAACAGGCAGAAUUGGAGUAUAUAAAGCUGAAAGAAACAUUUGAAGCGAUUAUUAGCAAAAAUCCACUGUUUGAUAGUUCUUUGCAUCCAAUUAGCUUGGAAUCCGUUAAAAAUGAAGCCAUGCGGGACCUGCCUGAUGAUUCCUUUGAUGUUUUUGAUGAUUUGGAUUCAGAAGAUGAACCAUUGGCUAUAACCAAAAAGAAGAGGCAUGGGAAGGUGGAUAAAAGGAAAAAGAAGAUUCCAGGACCUGCUGCCAAACGCAAAACUCGCGCUAAGCAAAAUGAUGAAAGCUGGGAAUGUGCUGAGUGUUUUGCGAGAGGCACAACUGGAGGCUCGGCUGCAGCCGCCGCACAUAAGCUAGCUGUGCAUUCACUGGAACAGUCUAACACUGUCCUUAGAGAUAUGAAGAAGGAAGAUACAGAUGGUUCACAAAAUGGCUUUGAGAAUAUACUAAAAAUUGAAUUUGAUGAUAUCAAUGACAAUGAUGACAGCUCCAAUUUUAUGCCGGACAUCGAGCCGAGCAGCGAGGAAAAUCAUAGCAAACGAAAAGUUAUAGUGGGCAGAUGUCUUAAAACCAAAGGUGCACAGAGGAAGCCCAAGAAGAAAGAAGCUAAAACGUUACAUCAGUGUGAUGAAUGUGAUGCUAAGUACUCCUCAUUGGCGCGGCUGAAGCAGCACAAGCAGAAGCACGAUGGCUCGAAGCCGCCGUACAUAUGCGAGGUGUGCGGAGCACACUACAAACACAAGCGCGCCUGCGACAUACACAUCGCACUACACAAAGGUAUCAGCGAUUGGAAAUGUGAGGAGUGCAACAAAUUGUUUCCGUCGAAGGGCGCGCUGCAGAGGCAUAACAACAUUCACACGGGGAAACUGAACUACCAGUGCGACCUGUGCGGGAAGUCGUUCAUCCACACGUCGUCGUUCAAGAUGCACAAGCUGUCGCACUCGGGCGUGAAGCCGCACGCCUGCGACGUGUGCGGGCUCGCGCUCAUGACGCGCUCCCAUCUCAAGCGGCACAAGCGGGUGCACUCCGGGGAGAAGCGGCACGAGUGCGCGCUCUGCGGCAAGAGGUUCUCAGAGCGAUACAACCUCGCCGCGCACCUCCGCAGCCACGACCACGCGCCGCCGCCGCCGCUGCCGCGCCGCAGGCUCUUCCGCUGCGGGUUCUGUCCCGACCGGUUCGAGCGCAGGUACAUGCUGGAGCGGCACACGACGGUGGUGCACGGACGCGCACUGGAGCGUCCGCCGCCCACGCCGCGGAACACCAUGAGCAAACUACUCAAGGCGCAGGCGCAGGCCGCGCGACCCACACACGCAGCCUCGCCCGCACGGACACCAGACGGCGACUCAAAAGAUGUACGCAACACAGAAUCUCGCAACACGUCGGCAGCAUCACAAAAGUUACUCGCGCAACUCACGGCGUCGUCGUCGACGUCGAUGUCGGCCAGCAGCACGUGGUCGGGCGCGUACGCGGAGUUCAACCUGCGCGGGGAGUUCCCGCAGUGACGUCACGCCGCCGCCUCCCCCCCCUAGCACGCGCCGCCCGCCGCCCCGCACUAUGCCGCGCCGCCCGGCCGCGGCCAACACACUUAAACGCAGCCUGCGGUUCAUAGCCCGCUCACGGGAAAGACACGGUCACCACAAUAGUGAACAUAAGUUCAUGUACAUGUGUAAUAUUAUUUGUAAAUUAACACGUUAAUCGUCACGAUAUCAGAAAAAAUUUCACAUCGGCUAUAGUAACUUUAUUAGAUAAUUUAGUUAAAAAUGUGUCACAGUUUUUUUUUGCCAUAACUCCCGGAUAUAUUCUAUUUUUUAUGUCACACAUAUAUGACUAACAUGAACCUAUAUUAAAACUUUUUCUCGACAAGCCCUGACACGGCUUGUCGAGAAAAAGUUUUAUAAGUCUGACGCGUCCAAACAAGAUACAGGUCGCCGUCCCCGACGAACAAAAUCGUAAUAGGAACAUGACAAUUUUACAGGAGCAAAUAAAAACUGAAUAUCUUGAAAACUAUCAAGACUAAAAAGAAGAUCUGUUCUAUCAAAAAUAGGGAAUAUUUUUUUGCACGAGAUUUUUGCAAAAUUUUUACUAUAAAUUCUCUUAUCACUAAGAAAAUUGUGAAAAUGUCCAUUACUGAAAUAAGCUAUGAAAAAAAAUAUCUCUAACUAACUUUACGAAACUGUUCAACUGUAAUCACAAAUCGGUGUUGCUAUAGUAAUCAUUCAUUAUGAUAUUGUUUAGAAAUUU